GAUGUCGGAUAAACACUCAAUGGGGAAGGCUGAGAAGCGUAAGAUCUGCGAUCCAACGGUUGGAGCUUGGAAGAUUAUGCGGAAAAUGGGUUACGAGGAAGGUCAGGGCUUGGGUAUUAAUGCUCAGGGUGUAGUGGAACCAGUGGCAAUGAGUAAACAGAAAGGUCGAAGUGGUCUCGGUCUAGGCAGUAAAUCUGACGAACAACAACGACAACACUCGGAAGCAUAUUCACCAGGAGAAAUCUAUCAAUCUAAAGAUCCAAAUUUAGUUUGGUAUGAAGGAAGAGAUGAAGCCUCUGCUGAUAAUGAUCUAAUCUGGACAUGGUCAAUUCAUGAUAAAGUGGAGUUGUGCACUGUUUCGCAUUUGAAGUCUAUCCUAAUUUCUCCGAAUGAACCUGAAGCUUUAGGUCCACCUAUUAAAGAAAUGAAUAAUCAGGAUAAAUUUUGUUCAUCAAAACUUGUUGGUGAAAUGCUGGCUUAUAAGAAUCAAUUGGAUGAUUUAUCGAAGACAACAGUGACUGAAAGUCAUGAACGAUGUAAUCCGUAUGAAAUGAUUAAGAAAAGUAUUUUUAUGAACCGAGCAGCGAUGAAAAUGGCCAAUAUUGACUCAAUAUUUGCUGGUAUGUUUACAACUGCUGCACCUAGAAAGGAUACAUUAUAUUUUGCUGAUGUAUGCGCUGGACCUGGUGGUUUCUCAGAGUAUAUUUUAUGGCGUCGAUGUAAUUCCCCUUAUCCUUCGAUUCCUCACUCGCAGAAAAAGUCUACUCACCAUCAUCCAGCUGUCAAUAACACUACUGACAAAUGUAAUAAUGAAAAUAAUCACAGUGACGAUGAUUCUUAUGAUAAUCGAUUUGAGAUUGAUAAUGUUAAUGUCAAUGCCGAACAUAAUGUAUCAUCAGCAGGUACAAUGGCAGGCACAAUAGAUGAUGACAGUGAUUACGAAGAUGUGGGUGCUGGUGGUGGUGGUGGUGACGACAGUGUGUUAGGGAAUCAUAAGAUGUGUGAAAAACCCAUCAAAAAGCAACACCAACAUCCAUUGUUUUCAGCGAAAGGAUUUGGUUUAACCUUGACUGGUUCAUGUGAUUUUCGUCUGAAUGACUUUUAUGCUGGUCCUCAAGAGGCUUUUAUGCCACAUUAUGGAGUAACACGUGAUGGUGAUAUUACAAAAUGGGUGAAUCUGGCAUCAUUUGCUUCAUUUAUUGGUCGUAGUACAAACGGUGCUGGUGUACAUGUUGUAAUGGCUGAUGGGGGUUUUGAUGUAUCCAGUCACUAUAAUUUACAAGAAGUUUUAUCAAAACAGAUUUAUUUAUGCCAGUGUUUAUGUGCACUAAUUAAUUUAAGACCAGGUGGACAUUUUCUAACAAAACUAUUUGAUACAUUCACUGAAUUCACUGCUGGUCUUAUCUAUAUAAUGGGACAUUUAUUUGAACAGGUUUCUAUUAUAAAACCUGUUACAAGUAGACCAGCUAAUUCUGAAAGAUAUCUAGUGUGCAAAAGUUUACGGUCACCACUGUCUACAAUGGCUGGUUGUAUACCACCACCGGCUAAAUUGUCUACAAUGAAUAAUUCAACUAAUGAUAAUUUUGAUCAAAAGUCAAAUUUUCGUCAGAAACCGCGUCGAUUUCCAGGUCAUCAACAUCAACAGCAACCGCCACAUACAACGACAACAGCAACAAAGACGACGAAUACCUGUAAUCAUGAUGAUCAAGAGUUGAAUAGAAAAUUUGGUGUAUUAACUGAUAUUGAAAAAUCCGGUCCACUUGGUUUAGUUAUUGAACACUUUUUACAAGUCAAUGAAGCAUUGAACAAUAAUAGUAAUAAUAAUAAGAUGAAUGGUGCUUCAAUAGAUUCUGAAAUUGAUGUAUUAAAACUAUGUCAUAGUGAGAAAAUUGAAUCAGAUGAAAAGUUUUUAGAAUUUAUGAAUACUAUGAAUGAAGGGAUUGCUGAACACGAGUGUAUUGCUUUAUCAAAGUUGAUCGCCUUUUCACAAGAUCCCAAUUUAAUUGAAGAAAGACAAAUUGGAUUGCAUAAAUUGUGUUUGGAAAAAUGGAAGGUCCCAGUUACAGAACGUCGACUAAUCCCUUGGCCUCUGUUGUCAACAAAUCGAUCAGCUGUUAUUCAUGGUUUAUUAGGCGAUAAAGAGAAGUUCACACCGUUGAAUGUGCUACCAUCUGAUUAUCGUACAAAUAUUCGAUUAACGCCGUUCACUGAAGAACAUUUGAAUAAUUUGGAUAGUUUAAAUGUUAGUCGAAUUGUUUUAAUCUGUGGUAAUCCAUCAUUGACGUCAACUUCUGAACCAGCUAAAUCAAUGUUUAUUUAUUCACGUGGAAGUGGAGCUAUGGAUAUAUUUUGUGCAUCAGAUUGUGAUCAAUGGGAGAGACUGGAUCAAGUACUGCCUAGAUUGAAACCUCGUCUACCACCUGGUACUUUGGUUUGGGGACAACCAGUUAAUGAAUACGCUGUAAAGAGUGGAUUACGCAAACCUGCACUGUUCAUUUAUGAUGUUGUGUGUAUUUAUGGUAGAGAUUGUCGUAAAUUACCGUACAAAAUGAGAAUGAAGUUGGCUGAACAAAUGACAAGUAUAAUUAAUUUUCCUGAUAUGCAUUCAUCAAAUGUUCGUGUUCCUCCAAUUUUAAAAUUAUCUGAACUCGGUGAUUAUAAGAAAAAACUGCCAAUUCUCCCGUGUAAAGAUUCUCCAGUACCUGUGCCAAUGCAUCGUCUCCCCGAUGGUUUUGCAUUUCAACCGAAUUCUGUCUUGUUAGUUCAACAUAUGAGAGAGAAUUGGAUAGAAGCAAUCAGUAGAAGUACUGGAAAGUUGUACUACUUUGAUCGAUCCAAUUCACAGUCGACAUUUAAUUUACCCAAAAGUGAACAACUCGCAUUCACGGAAACACAGUAUACAAAAUUGCCGUGGAAAUCAGAGCAAAUGUAUUGUCCAGAUGUGACUAGUGUUAUCGAUCAUUUCGAGAGAAUGCCAAAUUUAUUUUAAUGCCUACAUUUGACAUUGGUUUUUUCUUUCUUUCUUGUCUUUCUUUCUUAUGUUGUCUUUCUCUCAAAUGUUUUGAUUGGUUUGUACAAGCUGUUUUGUCCAGCAUCAUCAUCAUCACCAACAUCAACAUCAUUUCUACUCUUCAUAUUUGUAAUAAUAGAAUGAUAUCAUUAAUAAUUUCUUUUUACACAUGCGAAUGUAUAUAUGAUUGAAGUGUUUGACUGAAAUGUGUGCAUGUAUGCAGUAAGGAGUGUGCUUCUUCCAUUCAUAAUUCGUCUUCACUUCAGUGGCCAAUUCAUACUCACACACACAUACCUAUUACGCCACAUCAUCAACUUCAUCCCAAAAAUAUUGGUCAUACUCUGUAAACGAAAUCGAAAACUGAAUAUCUCCUAUCAACAUCAGCUCAGACACACACACACCCAGACACCUUCAAUCAAAUAAUAAUCAGUCAGACUAAAAAUAUGUCAGUGUGCAAAUCGAUUCAAUACUUCAACAAACCUUGUAGUUUAAAACUUCUUCUCAAAUUAGAUGCGCUGAACAAAAUUUCGUCUGAUUCUUGAUCAGUUUAAUUCAUGAACCCCACCAACAGCUCCACUUCAUCAAUCAGGCCAAUUUAGUAGAGAAUUCAAUCUGGACAAACUAUUCCUUUGAUAUCCCGAUGACCGAGUAGCGACAAAAUCCAUAUCUAGUGUUGCUUCUUCACAUCGCUCAUACGAAAACCAAAUGUGGAUCGGAGGAUUGAUACAUGGGCGUUGACGCAGAAUUCACAUUCUCCGAUUGUGUUCACUCAUGUUGUGAUCGUCAAUAGACACUUUCGCUGUGGUUUAGCGUAUCACUUCCACCAAAGUGUUGAUCAUUAACUGCCGGACUUUGACUGUCGUCUGUCCUCUGAUGUCCUCACCUAAUGCUAUCCUUCCUUCCUUCCUUCUUGGUUUUAUCACUUAGCUGCAAUCGGACAAAUAAAUCGAAACGUGUUCUAGAUAAAUGAUUACUGAUCAACUGACUUCAUAGCAUGCAUAAUAUACUCUCACCCAAUUGCCCAGCGGAUUUUGUUUAGCUCCAGAAGAGUUCAAAACUAUAUCAGUGAGUCGUGUUAAGAAAUAGUCUUUCUGCCUAGACGCCCUAAUAUUAUCUCUUGUUUUCUAAGUAAAACAUGGAGCAGUGUAUGCCACAGGAUCAUGGUGUACUCUGUAAAAAUGAAAUCACUUUAAUGGAAUCUUCAUACGUUGGAUACACGCACACAACCAUACCAAAUCUUCAGAUCAUGAAGUGGUGUACUUUCCACAGCACUAAAAUAAAAACCUACGCAUAAAAGUAAUAAUAAUAAUAAUUUGCUUUUAUUCCAGAAACUGUUCUAGUGGUACAGUGUGGAAAUUUCAGCAUAUAUCUACAAUAUUGCAUCUAAUUUCAUCGCACAUUUAAAAUGGGUAUUAUCAAAAAAAUAAAUAUAAAGACAACAAAAACAAAAAAAAUACACAAAAAUAAUAAAAAUGCGAAAAAAUACGAAGAAGUAGAAAGGAAAAUAAACAAUAUUAUAAAUGAUAUCUCAGUAUUAGAUAGUGGAAGCUAUGAUAUGUGUAUGCGUGGUGACAGUAAAGCUAUAGUCAUACAAGAAGUGAUGAAAAUGAUAUUUGAGAAUGUUUAUCGCCAAGAUGAUCAGUUUAUUUGAUUGAACAACACUAAAUGAUCAUAAAAUAACAUUUCAGCGUUUUUUUUUAUUCUCAGAUCUAAUGCGGUGUAUGUAGUGAUAGUGUGAGUAAUCCUGCAUAAUACAAAAUUUUAAGAUGGUGAUAACGGCGUUCACAACCAUGAUUGUCAGUUUUAAUAUUGCCGAACAAAAAAAACAAUCACAAAACUAAUAUUACAUGAAGGUUAUUGACAGGAUAAUUUUGUAAUACUCCUAGUGCUAAUA